UUUUAAAAUGUACAUGACUUUCUUGUAGAUGUCAUCAGUGUCAUUCUAAACUGUAGCCAAAGUGCUGAAGAACUACUAAAACAGAGGAACGUUGUACGAGAGGUUAUAUUGAAGUACUUAAUCCGACAUGGUGUCACCGUAUCUGUUGCAUCAGACAAACGGCAACAUAUUGAUAAAGCUUUGUUCUGUUGGAUGCAGCAAGAAUGGAAGAGCAAAGAGGCAACAGAUAAAACAAGACACAACCUUCUGGCACAAAUUAGGAAAGAAGAGUGAGCAAAAGGUGAAACAGGAAAUUGAAAAUGCAAAGAUACAAACAAUGGCACAAGAAGUGAAAAAAGCAAAGAAAGAACUGGAGGAGGCAAGGCAAAGGGAGGAUCAGUUGAGAAGACAAUUCGAGGAGCAGAGAAGGAAAAGUGAGGAGCAGUCCAAGGCAUCAUCUCAGAAGGGGAGACUUCGACUGCCAAAUAAUAGGAAAGGAGGUCUGCUAAUGGUUCUUUAUUCUUCUGAAUUCCCAAAAUCCUUUAUUUGGCCGACAACCAGAAGAGUGGGAUCCACAGCACUUUUGGGAUGAUGCAAUGCCUCACUUUGCUUAUUCUGUCCAUGAAGACAAAACAGAGCAAUAUCAGAGCUCAAGAAUCAUCAGUCUGCGCUUGCUGUCCCUGGUCAAGGAUGAAGAACUGCUCUUCAAUCCCAACAUCAGCAAGAAUGGAAUGAGAUGUGCAACCCCUCUACAUGGGAUUGCUGUGGCAGGAACCAUUCAUAAGAACAAACAGUGUGUGAGUAUCUUUGAGCAACUUUUUGGACUCAUCCGCACACCUGUUGGUGGAAGCAACUGGAAAAUCCAAUAUGUUAACCUUAAGGUGAAAGCUUUGAAUGGUCAACUAGAAAUCAUACAACCCAGUUUGUCUAUUGGGCUUCCUGCACUAGUGGCUCACCUCAAUGAAUUAACUGUAUUUCUCAAGUAACUUAUUUAAAAAAUAUCUGUUUGACUUUGCAUCUAUGGAUUCUACCACAGACAUGUGAGUUUAUAUCUAGAAAGCUAACUUGAAAUUAGUCCCCAUUGCUUCUGUAGUUCAAACUCCUUUUAUAUAUUUAUACUCACAUGUCAGAGUGUUUUUGAACAAUUAUUUUUAAUAGUAACUUUAAUCAAUCAUUUCAAACACAUUAUGAUAUCUCCAGGGUUCCAGGUGGGUCUUGAACUCAGCCCAGAGUUAGGGAUGCUACUACUAUGCCUGGAGAACCCCAAUUCUUUUUUUGUUGACUAUUUUAUGUUAGAAUGAAAUACUUUAGACAAAGUGGGCUAGCUUUUCGUCAUGUUGCUUGAACAUGCAAUCUAGUAUUUCAGUUUGGCUUCCUAUUAUAGAACCACCCUUCAAUGAAAUUUAUUUUUGUGGCUGAAGUCAUUUAUGGACAUGUAUAGGAUUUUUAAUGGAAUUGAGAAUGAAAGUGUGGAAUAAUAUUUCCAAAAAUAGCAAAACAACAAUAGAACAGGGCCCCAAUUUCAGAGGUGAGGAGAGCGUGUUUAUGGUUACAGAAUACAUUCAUUCUGAUGAUGAUCAAAAGAUGCAAUGGAUGGUCUACUUAAAGCAAGAGUUCAUUCAAGAAAUAGAUCCUACAAUAGGAAGCAAAUGAGAUUGCUAUUCUGAAUAGAUAAAGAAUAUUUUAUCCAAUCUACCCUGUAGUCCUACAAAAUGAUACAAAAUAUCUUAUGGAACAAAGUUUUAAUAAUAUGUCGAUGGUCAGAUUUGUUCAGUUGCAUGUGAUUGAACACCUGCUAAUUCUACCAGAGUAUUAAAAGUUCUCUUUCUGAAGUGCAGUUUAAUGUGGUGAUGAUACUGUCAGUUUAGAAAUGUCACUAACUUCUACAUUCCUCUAGAGACUGAUAAUCCAACACUAAGUCUACUAUAUCUGUCCAUGUACAAUGUCCUACUUCAGAUAUCAGUCCAAACAACACGAGUACUUUGUUUGUUUACAAGCAAAAACAUGGCCUCAAUGAAUUAUAAUAUCCCUCCCUCAUUCUAGUGAGUACAGUCCCUGUCUACAUGAUAAAAUAUAGCAAACUAAGCCAGGAAGAGAUGUCCCAGUUCUUUUGCAGUAGGAGGAAUUGUAGGAAAAAACCUUAGAAAAAUAAUAUAAAUGAUCAACUAGAAAUUCAGUUUGGCAGAACCUCUACAGAAAUUCACUUAAGAUGGUUUCUCAGAGAUUGCAACAGGUUGCACAGUGAACUGAAACAUUGAUAAAAAUAGUAUGCAGGACAGAUAAAUAUUACUGGUUUUAGAUUACAAAUGAUAUAUUUGAGGCAAAGAAAAGCUGAUCGUUUGGCAAAAUCUGCAAGAGUUGAUAGAUUUCAUCACUUUUACUUUAUUUGUGAUGGCGUCCUUAAAGAAGUAGAUUUAAAAGCUUUAUUUAAAGACAUUUGUAAGUUUCUAGCAAUGUUUGCAGCACAUUUUAUCACUUAUGUUGUUUAUUGUGAGACAUUUUGAAUAAUUUGGGAACUAAUUUUUUUUAUGCAAUACGUUUGUUUUGAAGGUGACCUGGAUAGAAUAGUUCAUGCUUGAGAUGUUAUAAAGUGAAUGAGGACAUGCUAGGGUGAUCCGCAGGUUUCAGACCAUAUCUGCAGAUCUUGGAAAGCUAAUGACUUUUGCAGAAUGUGGUCAUCUGUAACAAGUAGAGUUUUUGCAUUUAUGCUUUACAUUAUUUGUUUAUUAUAUGUAUUCUCAGUGACUGUGGCAGUUGAAUCUCUGUCAUUAAUUUGUAUUAGUGUGUACCUGUAGACCUUGGAAAACUAAUGUCUGUUGCUGAAUGUUGUCAACUGCAACAAGUAGAACUUUGCAUUUAAAUGUUAUGAUGCUUGUUAAUUUUGUAUUAUAUUCUAGGUGACUUUGAUAGUUUACCCUCUUUCAUUCUUAUCCAUCAUUCUGUGCCCGAUUGAGAACAACAGAGGUUAUGCAAUUGAGUCAGACCCUGCAAGGGCAGAUUCAUGAUUCAAGGAGGUUGGAUGGUUGGCUGUUGAUGUGUGAAGUACUCAAUUUAAGUCUGUGGCAUUAACAGGAACUCUUUAACGUUAAGAAGUGCUGCUUAUUAGAAAUGUUGCUGGAGAGGGAAAACUAUUUAUUUCUUUUAUAUUUUCUUGUUGUGGAGUCUCUGAUUUUGUCUGAGAGUGGUCAACUCGGUAAAUCAGUUCAUUGCCAAUAAAAGUUAUUUUUAUCUA